GCCCGGAGCUCUGGAGUUUCGAGCAUAAAAGGGGCUCGCGGGAGCCCUAGAGCUCCACAUCAGGACUCAGAGCCUCUAACCAGCUCCAGCACUCCAGACUCCAGCCACACUCCAACACAGCACCAUGAUCCCAGCCACCCGCUCGCUUCUCUGUGCAGCGCUACUGCUGCUGGCCACCAGCCACCAGGCCACAGGGGCGCCUGUCGCCAAUGAGCUGCGCUGUCAGUGCCUGCAGACCAUGGCUGGGAUUCACCUCAAGAACAUCCAGAGCUUGAAGGUGUUGCCCUCAGGGCCCCACUGCACCCAAACCGAAGUCAUAGCCACACUCAAGAACGGUCGGGAGACUUGCCUUGACCCCGAAGCUCCCCUAGUUCAGAAGAUUGUCCAAAAGAUGCUAAAAGGUGUCCCCAAGUAAUGGAGAAAGAAGACAGAUUGCUCUGAUGGCACCUGUCUGGUGAACGCUGGCUUCUGACAACACUAUACAAUGUCUUUUGAGGGUCCUAUUUAUUUAUGUAUUUAUUUAUUCCACAAAGUGUGUGGUUUUUAUUUUACAUUAAUAUUUAACAGUGUGGAUACAUUUCAUCGAUGGUAGUUCAGUUCUGCUUGUUCAGUUUAAAGAUGGGUAGGCUUAAAAUAUUUCAUUAAAUUAAUAUUUAUUGGGAGACCACUAAGUGUCAACCACUGUGCUGGAAGGUGUUGUGCGAGAAGAAGCGCAGAGAGAUAGAUAAGAGUUUAGGAUCGUGUUUUGUGUUAGGGUGAGGACAUGUGUGGGAGGCUGUGUUUGUAUGUCUUGAAAAGAAUGUCAGUUAUUUAUUGAAAGUCGUCUUUCAUAUUGUAUGGUCAACACGCACGUGUUGAAGCUUCCCUUGGACAUUUUGUGUCUAGUUGGUAGGGCAUAAUGCCCUUUUACAUUUUUAACCCUGUUUCUCCUUGUCUCGUCUCGCUCGGGACAGAGAAGUUCAAAGGACUGUUACAAAUGAAGUAAAAAUAAAAGUUUUAUUAA